CUCCCUCCUCCCAACUAUUUCUAAGGCUUUAUUUCUAAGGCUUUAUUAUCACCGGUGGAACAGGAUCCGCUCACCGACGCGCUCCCGUAUCAUCCCUGCUCCUCUCACAACAGGACCCUCUCUGACUUAUUCCCCAAAAGCAGAUCUCAGGCUGAAAUCAGGAGAGUCCAUGCGAGCUGCCAUCUGAUCCCCACUCACCACCGCACUUAUCAAUGAAGCACGAGAUGAUGGCGGAUGGCCCCAGGUGUAAGCGGCGAAAACAAGCCAACCCGAGACGGAAAAACGCAGCACUGAACUAUGAGAACGUGGUAGAGACCGGCUCAGACUCGGAGGAGGAUGACAAGCUUCCGGUAUCCGAGGAAGACCCCCUGCUGAACGGCACUGGCAGCCCCGGCAGCCUGACCAACCCCGAGGCGUCUCCGCGGGUCGAGAGCCACGGCAUGCUGGGUAAAGAGGAGGACGAUGACGACAUGAGGGACAGCGGCGUGGAGCACAUCUGGCCCGACAAUGACAUGCUGAGCGCGUCUGUAGAUGGCGCCGAUGAAAUGAAGGAUGAUUUCGACGCUCUGGGGCCAGACGGCACACUGCAGACAGUUGGAAACGGUACAGUGAACAGUAUGGAUUGCACUUCAGAAUUCGAGGACUUCUUCUCCAAAAGGAAGCUGGACGACAGCGACGGUCACGUGGACAGCAUCGCCGAAUACCUCCAGAGAGGGGACACCGCCAUCAUCUACCCCGAAGCCCCGGAAGAGCUCUCGCGCCUGGGCACACCUGAGGCUGCCGGCCCCGAGGAGAAUGACCUGCCACCUGGAACGCCAGAUGCUUUCGCCCAACUGUUGACCUGCCCGUACUGCGACCGCGGCUACAAACGCCUGACGUCGCUGAAGGAGCACAUCAAGUACCGCCACGAGAAGAACGAGGAGAACUUCGCCUGCCCGCUAUGUAACUACACUUUCGCCUACCGCACUCAGCUGGAGAGGCAUAUGGCUACGCACAAGCCCGCCAGAGACCAGCACCAACUGUUAAACCAAGCAGCUGGCAACCGCAAGUUCAAAUGCACUGAGUGUGGCAAGGCAUUCAAAUACAAGCACCAUCUGAAAGAACACCUCCGGAUCCACAGCGGUGAAAAACCCUACGAAUGCCCCAACUGCAAGAAGCGCUUCUCCCACUCGGGCUCCUACAGCUCGCACAUCAGCAGCAAAAAGUGCAUCGGCCUCAUCGCUGUGAACGGACGCAUGCGAGCCAACAUGAAGACCGGCUCCUCACCGACGUCCGCCUCCUCCUCGCCCACCAACACCGCCAUCACCCAGCUCCGGCAAAAACUCGAAAACGGGAAACCUCUCGGCCUUCCGGAACCCAACAACCACCACAUGAGCAUCAAGACAGAACCACUAGACUUCAAUGACUACAAGCUCAUGAUGGCGUCGCACGGUUUCGGAGCGCCGGGGCCUUUUAUGAACGGAGGGGUAGGCGGUAACAGUCCCAUGGGUGUCCACCACAACUCCACAGCCCAGAGUCCGCUGCAGCACCUGGCCAUGGCCGGGUUGGAGUCGCCAUUGCUGGGCUACCCCGGGCCGCUGGCUAACAACCUGAGCGAGGUACAAAAGGUGCUCCAGAUCGUGGACAAUACCGUUUGCCGGCAGAAGAUGGACUGCAAGCCGGAGGAGCUGUCCAAACUCAAGGCGUACAUGAAGGAGCUGGGGUCUCAGAUGGAGGAGCAGCAGAAGCAGGCAGGCGGGCAGGUCGGGCUCCCCCUGGUCAGUCACAACGGGGCCACCAAAAGUAUUAUCGACUACACGUUAGAGAAAGUGAACGAAGCCAAAGCCUGUCUCCAGAGCCUCACUACGGACUCCAAGAGGCAGAUUAGCAAUAUCAAACGGGAGAAGUCCAACCACAUGCUCGACGGAGGUGUGGAUGACAAGGUGCAGGAGAACAUGUUUACACCAUACGCUUGCCAAUACUGCAAAGAAACCUUCCCCGGGCCCAUCCCCUUACACCAGCACGAGCGCUACCUGUGCAAGAUGAACGAGGAGAUCAAGGCCGUGCUGCAGCCCACAGAAAACCUGAUGGUCAACAAACCAGGCCUGUUCCUAGAGAAGAACAGCCACCUCUCCCCCUCCCUUCUGUCAGACAAGGGCCUCCCCGCGCCUCUUAAUCCUUACAGGGACCACAUGUCUGUGCUAAAGGCAUACUUUGCCAUGAACAUGGAGCCCAACUCAGAGGAGCUGCUUAAGAUUUCCAUAGCCGUGGGCCUUCCUCAGGAAUUUGUCAAAGAGUGGUUCGAGCAGCGGAAGAUGUACCAGUACGGCAGCACCAGGACGCCCCCGCUGGAGCACAGGAACAACUCAGACAUGGUAAUCGGAACAAAUAACCUCCACACUCCUCCUAAAGACUCUGUGGUGCCCCAGUCACCUGUGUCUCUCAUGAAAGCUACUGAGCGCAUCACGUCCCCCUCCAUCGCCGAGCUCCACAACAACGUCAACAACUGUGACAACCCUCUGAGACAUCUGAAGAACCAUCAGUUCAGCGGCAGUGCCAAAGCCCGCGGAGACAAGCUGGACCACUCCCGCAGCAACACGCCCUCCCCCCUGAAUCUGUCCUCCACCUCCUCCAAGCACUCGCACAGCAGCUCCUACACUCCCAACAGCUUGACUUCAGAGGACCUGCAGGCUGAGCCGCUGGACCUGUCUCUGCCCCGCCUCAUGAGGGAGCCCAAGCAUGCACUGACUGUCAAAAGCAGACCCAAAAUCAACAGUAUCACCAUGGACCACAGCAGCAUCCCCUCGCCCCGAGAGCACUUCGAAGAGCCUUUGAACUUGGCCUAUCUCAAAAAGGAAUUCUCCGCCGCCAACAACGGAAACUUAGAGAAAAGCACUAGCCCUAUUUUUGGCAUUAACCCUUUUGCGGCCAAGCCCCUGUACACGUCCCUCCCCCCUCAGAGCGCGUUCCCUCCGGCCACAUUCAUGCCCCCCAUGCAGGCUAGCAUCCCAGGGCUGAGGCCCUACCCAGGCAUGGAUCAGAUGGGCUUCCUACCACACAUGGCCUACACUUAUGCAGCGGGGGCAGCUACCUUUGCCGAGAUGCAGCAGAGAAGGAAGUACCAGCGGAAACCCGGGUUCCAGGGGGACCUGCUGGACGCCACGCCCGAUUACUUGUCCGGCCUGGACGACAUGACAGACCCCGACUCCUGUCUGUCGCGGAAGAAGAUUAAGAAGACUGAAAGUGGUAUGUACGCGUGUGACUUGUGCGACAAAACAUUCCAGAAGAGCAGUUCCCUUCUCAGACACAAAUAUGAACACACAGGGAAGAGACCCCACCAAUGUCAGAUCUGCAAGAAGGCCUUCAAACACAAGCACCAUCUAAUCGAGCAUUCGCGUCUCCAUUCCGGGGAAAAACCUUACCAGUGUGACAAAUGCGGCAAAAGAUUCUCCCACUCCGGCUCCUACUCCCAGCACAUGAACCACCGCUACUCCUACUGCAAACGGGAGGCGGAGGAGCGCGAGGCGGCCGAGCGGGAGGCGAGGGAGAAGGGCGGUCACCUCGAGCCCACCGAGCUGCUCAUGAGCCGGGCCUACCUGCAAGGGCUGGCCCCGCAAGGCUACCCGGAUCUGGGGGAACGCGAGCCCAUCCUGAGGCACGACGCGGUGGCGGCGGCGGCGAUGAACGGAGGGGGCGGGGCCAUAAGGGAGGAGCGCAAGGAAGUGGAAGGAACGUACGGCAAGAUGGGCGGAGGCGGAGGUGGCGGUGGAGGCGGAGGAGGCGGAGGCGGAGGUGGAGCGAGGGAAGAGGAGUUCGAGGAAGAGGAGGAGGAGAGCAAAAGCAUGGACACGGACCCGGAGACGCUGAGGGACGAGGAGGACGAGAGCUCGCUGGACGGCAAAACGGAAACCAAAUCACCGGAGCACGAGGACAACGCGGAGGACGCCAUUUGAAAAGCUCAUUCUUAAUUUUGUCUUAAAGGUCCUAUAUUACACGAAAUGGAUUUUUGUGAGCUUUAAGCCAUGUUCUAAUGCGAACUUCCUCAAAAACAUACCCGGAGUUUGUGUUCUGUUUCAUUCACACGUUUGAGCAACUUUUUUUUUAUUCUGUACAUCUCCAAAGCUCAAAAUACUCCUGCCUUUUGCCUUUAGUUCAGUAAAGAUCAACAAUUCCAAGGCUGAAACCAUCCAAAUGAUUCUACUGAAGAUGUCAGGAGUUUAAAAACAUAGUGGAGCACUUCCUGUAUUAAGAAGAACUUAAAUAUGCAUCGUGUGAAUGCUUCAAAACACAACUCUGGGGACGUUUUUGACGAAGAAACAUUAUAACAUAGAUCAGAAAAUAGCGUAAUAUGGGCCCUUUAAAGCCUCCCAUGUUUUUCUUUUUUUUUACAUUUUCGUUUUAAUUUCGGGUUCAGUUUAAAACGUUUAAUGUUUUAAGCUGUACGUGCACGUGCCUGAAGCUCCUCGGAGGGUGGCCGCAACUCCAAUCAAUUCAGAGAAGAAGAAAGAGGAAGAGGAAGAGGAGGGGCAUGGUUUUGUCAAAUAAGCUGCGUUAUGCAAAAUGAACAAUGAAAUAAAGAAAUACAAAAAAUGUACAGUACUAAGGCCUACAAAUACGUGUGGUGCUAACCUCCUCCAGAGCCCCCCAGUGUUCCAUAGUAUUUAUAGCACAACUAGUGACUUGUACAAAUUGCACUCCGCUUAUAAUCAUGAACAAAAAUAAUAAAAAGUAUUGCCUAUGUAUAUAUUUAUACAGUGUUGGAAAAAAAGCAGUUCUCCGCACCACAUGUUCCCCCCCUUUGUUAUUCCGGUGUCGUCUUUUUAGUUUCCAGCCAAAAAGAAAAACAAAAAAAUACUGCAGCAGCCACACUGUUUAGGCCUCCAAAACGGAUCUCCAAAUGGACUAUGUGAAGGAAGUGCGAUGAAGUGAUGAAAUGAAGUGAAGGAAAGGGAAGGAUGGGGGAAGUGAAGGACUAUAGCCUUUUAAGGUGUUUGACGAAGCCUUAUAUGCAAAUCUUUUUAACCUGUGUGCCACCGUGGUAAUGUUGUUGGACGAUUUCUUGUUCACCAGCGCAGUGUUCUGAAAUGGUCACGUUGUUGUCAGUAUUCUGAUAGGCAGCAGUCCUUUAGUUUACAUUCUGUUGUGCAAUGUUUUUACUCACUUAAACUUUCUUUGUCAGUAUUACGCCAAACCUUUUUUUUUUUCUUUUUUGUUUCUUAUUUUGAAAACAACAAAUUGCAUUCAUUUUGUUUGUAGGUUCAAACGUUAUUUAUGUGGCCCAUUUUAUAUUUCCUAAUUUUAUUUAUUUCAUACUGUUGUGUACAGUACUAUAGUUCUUCAAUAUAUAGAUAUAUUUUAGUAAAAAGGAACAUGGUGUCGAUCAUAGGGGCAAAUUUAAAGAGAGCAUUUAUUGUGUUUUGAAACAUUGUGAAAUGCGAAGUUUAAUCUUAUUUUAUUUUAUUUUUCCUUUAUUUUCCAAUUCCAAAUUUGGGAACUUUUAUACAAUUGUGAAAACACUGUAUUUUCGACUGAAAAAUUCCACUUUCUUCAUCUUUGUUUUUUUAAGCUAAAAAAUGAAGAGGGACUGUUAAAUACUAUGUAUGAUAUCAUGAAGAAGAAUCUUUCCUGAAAUGUCUUUGUAAAAGUAUUAUUGAAUUCUUAAUUUGUAAUUUCUUGAAAAUGACCCUGCUCGAAUAAAGGUAGCCAAAUUACAGAGUAUCAACCUG